GCUCGCUUCGCUCCCUUCUGACCCGCGGCCACCGCCCGGACAUCUCCAGCCGAGCCCGAGACGCUGGCCGCUCCAGCCGCCUGGAGCCCGGCGGGCUGGGCUUCCCUGCGCCGGUGCUCGCCCGCUGCUCCGUGGUUCUGCUGCUCCCGCCACCCGGAGCCGCUGUCGUGUUGCCGCAGAAACCCGGACGCCGCCGGCCGGUGGAACCAAUGAGAACUCCGCUGCUACCGCUGGCGCUCUCAGUGCUGUCGCUGCUGGUCUUAGGCUCAGACCAUUAUGCAGCUGCCUUGGAGCUCAAUGACCCCAGCUCCAGGAAAGGCGAAUCGCUUUUUGGGGACCACAGUGCCGGUGGACUUGAGCUUUCUGUGGGAAGAGAGGUCUCCACCAUAAGCGAAAUGCCUUCUGGCAGUGAACUCUCCACAGGGGACUACGACUACUCAGAGGAGUAUGAUAAUGAACCACAAAUAUCCGGCUAUAUUAUAGAUGAUUCAGUCAGAGUUGAACAGGUGAUUAAGCCCAAGAAAAACAAGACAGAAGGAGAAAAGUCUACAGAAAAACCCAAAAGGAAGAAAAAGGGAGGCAAAAAUGGAAAAGGCAGAAGGAAUAAGAAGAAAAAGAAUCCAUGCACUGCCAAGUUUCAGAACUUUUGCAUUCAUGGCGAAUGCAGAUACAUCGAGAACCUGGAGGUGGUGACGUGCAAUUGUCAUCAAGAUUACUUUGGUGAACGGUGUGGAGAAAAAUCCAUGAAGACUCACAGCGAGGAUGACAAGGACCUAUCCAAGAUUGCAGUAGUAGCUGUCACUAUCUUUGUCUCUGCCGUCAUCCUCGCAGCUAUUGGCAUCGGCAUCGUUAUCACAGUGCACCUUUGGAAACGAUACCUCAGGGAAUAUGAAGGAGAAACGGAAGAAAGAAGGAGGCUUCGACAAGAAAAUGGGACUGUGCACGUCAUUGCCUAGCUGAGGACAAUGCAGGGUAAAAGUUGAGUCAUUGCCAAGCCACGCCGGAAAUGACAUUGGUCCUUCUUUCAGAAAAGGAAGUGGAGCCUUUCGAUGGUUCCAGACGCCCAGUUGUCACUUUUUAUGAUAGUCUUACUUCUGUACAUAAAGAGAUGUGUGAAGAUAAAAUAUUUUUUCAUGUUGUAAAUAAUUUAUUUAAUAUUUAAGUGUUAUUUAUUUUAUAGCUCAUUAAACUUUUUUUAAACAAACA